GAAGAAUGUGCACACUUAACCACUGCGCCACUGGGCCAGCCCUGCUUUGGCUAUGUCUUAAAAGACAAUAAUAAAAACCUCCCUCUUUAAUUAGCUGACAUAACUGAUAAUCAAGUAUCUCAAGUGUUCUCAUCAUAUCCUCAACUUACUUAUUGGGGAUCUAAUAUAUAUAGAAGAUACUGCUUUGGGGUAAGACACUACAAUUUUGUGAACACAUUAUUACAUUUAUAGGACAUUCGUAAAUAUUAAAUUUACAACCCUAGAAUGAAGGCAGAGUGAAUACUCCCUGGAAAGAUGGGGAAACUGAUGCUCAUUGAGACUGUGAUAUGUUCAAGUGCAUAUGCCUAGUAACUGACAGAACUGGAACCGGAACUUCCAUUUCCCUGUUUUCAAUACUGUGGUCUUUCUACCAGUUCUAAAAAUAUUACAUGUUUAUAAGAAAAAUGGUUCCUAGGUUUAAUCCAUGAGUCUAGUCAUGUGUAUAAUCACUGCGUUAACGGUAGUGCUGGGUGCUGUAACUAACACCAUAGCUCCAAAAUUUUUAAGAUAAGAUUUAACCUAGAGAACAUAAGAACUUGUAUAAUAAUGAGGUUUUAAUUUAUUUUAUUGAAAUAAAUAUAUUUUAAAAUGAUUUAUGCAAGCACAUCUACCAACCCAUGAAACCCUACCCACUUCCCCAUCUCCAAAUAUUGCCCUAUAACCUGAUGCUCAACAACAACAAAAACGCUUAGUUCACACAGUUGUCCUUUAUUGUACCUGAAGACUGAACUAAUAAAAGCCACCAAAAAAAGUUUUCUACCUUAAAGUUUGCGGUAGAGCUAGAUGGAAUAACUUUAUUAUUAUUUGAAUACUUGGGCUUAUAACUCCUUAGAAAUGGUCUGUACCUUAAAAGAGCAUGUGGCAUAAAAAAGAAGAUAAAAAAGGCACAUGAAGGUCUUGACGUCUAGUGUAAAUGAAUGAUAUGGUGGGUAAAGGAGAGAUAAAGGAAUUAAAUGUUGGUUCUCAUUUUAAAGUCUUUAUGGAGGAUGUGGGUCUUAAGCCACAUUGUAGAAAACUAUUAUGCUAGAAGUGAGGUGGUGUAGGGUAGUGAUUAAGGGUGGGUGCUCUGAGUCUGAUAUCUUGGAUUUAAAUCCUGGCUCCACAUCUUAGUAGCUAGGUGGCCCUAGACAAGUUACUUAAAUCCUUUUGGCCUCAGUUUUGUCAUCUAUAAAAUGGGAAAGUCAGUGUUACGACUCAUGGGGCUGUGAAGAUUAAGGGCGUCAGUACCUACCAAGCACAUGGAACAGUGCCUGGUGGGUAGUAAGUGCUCAGAGAGUGGUAAUUACAUGGGAAAGCUGAGGAUAGAAUUGCAAUGUGGAAGAGGAAUUUGGGAAGCCAACAGCAGCUCCAUGUCAUCAGGUCAUGUUAUAUGUGACAAUAACUCAAUCCCCAGGAAGACUCCUGACUAGUUUCAGGUCUUAUGGAAUAUUGGAGAGAGUAAGACCAACCUGGGUUCAUAGCUUGUCCUGCCGUUUACCUAAACUUCAGUUUCCUUGUAGAUUGUUUUGAGACCUAAAAAGAGAACCUGUAAUUCAGUUCAACAAACAUAUAUCGAGUGUCUGUUGUGUGCAUUGAGUGAUACCAGCCACUUUUUUAGGAGCUGAGGUUAUAAAGAGAACUAACUAACUUUCUGGCCUGGAGGAGUUUGCAUUCUGGUGUUGUUAAGUAAGUAUGCCUGCUUAGGCACAAAGUGGGUAAAGAGUUAGCAUGGUGCUCAGCACGUAGUAGGUCCUCAAUAAAUGUCAAUUAUCAUCCUUCCUUCAGGACACCCUUCAUCCAGCGGAUCUUUAGAUCAGAUUCGUGCUAGGCUUACCAUGCAGUUAUUUCGGGCAGGGAUUGGCAGACCUCUAUAAAAGGCUGUAGUAAAUAUUUUAGGCUUUGUUAUCCAUAUCGUCACUGUUGCAAUUACUCAGCUCUGCUGUUGUAGUGAGGAAGUAGCCAUAAACACUAUGUAAAUGAACGCAAGUAGCUGUGUUUCAGUAAAACUUAAUUUACAAAACAGGUAGCUAGGAGGUAACUGAAGUGACCUGCCUCUGUUGAGACAUUGGAUAUUGACUGUUGACCUCGAUGUACUUUAUUUGUAGUGGGUCAACUCAUAAAACAUGCCUGGAGAAGGAAGGAGUUCUGUUGUUGAAAGAAGUGAACUGUAUUUGCCUGCCUGAAAUAGGAUAAAACUGGGAUGUUUGGGAAGUGAGAGUGGCAGAGUGGUGGGGCCACACAGAGGGGUGGUGUGGAGUCCACCAUGAAAACAUGGUGGAGUGUUUUGUGGGAUGGCUUUAAGAAAGGAAUGAAGUGGUCAGAAUAAUAGAUGGAUGUAAAUUUCAACCACAUCAUAGAAGUUGGUGUGCAGGUGAAAGAGGAAGGGUGAAAUGGGUUGAAAUGGCGAUGAAGGAAUGUCAUAGAUUCAUAGAUGUUGGAUUCCAAAAGGACCUUAGGAUUGGGUCCAGUCUUCCCAUUUCAGUGAUAAAGAAAUCGAGACCCAGAGCGGGGCAGUGACGUGGGUAAGUUUGAACCUCCUCUUAGUGGACAGCUGGCUCUUGAACCCAGAAUCCAGAUUUCCUUUCCACUAUAUCCUUCAGCAAUAUAAUGCCAAGAACUUUACGAAAGACGGGAACUAUGAUUGAUCCCAUCGCUAGAAUGCUGUUGCAAUUGUUCUCUCAUUUCCAGUACAGUGUUUCUAUAGCCAGUGAGAAGGACUGAUGACAUUUUUAGGUUGAUUUUCUUUUAAGACCACCCUUUAUCUUGUAAUAGUUAGGGUGGAGUUUUGCUCGGGCUCCUAACAAACACUUGCCGUUAUAUACUGUGGCCAUUAGAUUCAUUGUAAUGAAGUUUCUAGGACAGGUAAAAAUGUAGGCCCCAAACAGGUUCCAGCUGGCAGGAUGCUGAGCUGAAGCCCUGUUUCUGUGCAGGCUGUGAUUUUGUGAUUUUAUUUACAAACAUUGAUUUCAAUCUUUUUCAGUUUCCUGGAAACGUUUCUGUCUCUGGAUAUAUUUUUAUAGCUUUGGCUGCAUUCCAAGAUGCUGGUUUAAGGUGGGUCAGACUUCAACAAAAGUGGUUAACUCACUUUUAUACCUAAAUUUCAGGGAACAGAGAGGAACAAAGAAAAAGGACUAAAGGAGUGUUCCAGUUCAACCAAGGCCAUCUCGCCUUAGCAUGAUACAGUCUCUAAACCCUGAACUAUGGCAGAAUUCCUAAUUAAGUGAAUGAGUUCAUCAGAUGUUGAACUGGCUACCAUGUACAAACUACAGUGCCAGAAUAAAUGAUCAUACUUAGCAUUUGAAAAUGUGCUGGACCCUGUGCUAGUAAAUUAUUAAUAUUAACGUCAUUACUAUUAUUUCCUAAGAUGUUAGACUAAUACCCUGUGAUUCUUGUACGUGCAAUUUAAGGCAACUAAUAUAUGUCUUACACUAUUAUUAGAAUUUCUAGUAGUAUUAGUAGUCAUUUUAGUAUUCAAUUUAGUAGUCAUGAAGCAUUUUUGGUUAAUGGUUAUUGUGAAAAUGUUGUCAGGAACUACGUGUAUACUUGCUUUAGACACAGGAUGGACAUCUGCAUCUGGGAGUUUUAUCUCAUACUUAAAAUCAUACCUUUAGAGCUGGAAGAGUUUUCGGAGAUUCUGUAAUCCAAUAUCCUCACGUUACAGAUGAUGAAGCUGUGGUCUGGAGAGCUUAAAUCAUUUACCUGGAAUCCCUAUACAGUUAAUUAGUAGCAGAAGUAGGACAGACAGUCCAGCUCGAUUCCUAAGAAGUCAGGAGUAAUGAGAAUUUUUUUCUUUUGGGAUAGGAGCAGAUUUUGAGAAUGGAAUCUCUACAGUGGUUUCCUGAGUCAGCCUUUGUACUCUAUUUCUUCUGGACCCUGACACAUAAACCAGCCUUGUUCCCAUCUCCUGAGCAUUAUAAAAAUUUGGCAAGUUUUGUAGUGCCUGCAUGUGCAGGGCACCAAGUAAGUGGCCUUGGGGAAAUCACAAAGGUGUAAGGCAGUCCCUGGUCUUAAGAAUUUACCAAGAGCCCUGCCGGUCUCCACCCUGAAGUGGGGAAAGGGUCAGGAUUGCUAUAGGGAUGGGAAGUUUCAGACUAGGCAGAUUCUUACUGGGAUUCAAGAUAGGUCCAAAAACUUGGACUUUUAACCGUUAUGCUUUCUUGCCUCUUUAACUGUAACUACAAUGCCAUUACCACAUCUAAAACAUUAACAAUUUUUUAAUUUCAUGAAAUAUCUUGGUCUCAUCAAUGUCAUAAUGUUUUUUCCACCUGCAAGGAUUUAAAAAACUUCCACAUGAGGCCCACGCAUUGCAAUUGGUGGGUAUGUCUUUCAAGUCUCCUUUAAUCUAAUGAGUGCCCCACCUAUUUUUUUCUUGCAGUUUAAAUUUUGAAGGAAUCAAGUUAUUUGUCCUCUUAGAAUUUCCCACAGUCUGGAUUUUGCUGAACGCAUUCUUUGUGGUUAGAUUAAUAUGUUCCCCUGGCCACUGUAUUUCUUGUAAAUUGGUAGUUGAAUCUGGAGGUUUGAACAGAUUUGGGUUUAAUUUUUUUUGGCAAGACUACUUCAUACUUCAGAGGUGGUGGUGCGUUCUCACAUAGAUUCUGAAAGUUUGUAGGAAAAGGAAUGUGUAGCUCCAAGGUGCUGUCAGUUUUCUUGGGAAGAAUGUUCCCACUACUUAAUGGAAAAGGCCUGGAAACCUUCACCCCACCCACCGGGCUGGGUUGGCUGUCCUUCCCUUGUGUUUCCAUAGCAAGUGAUUCCAUAGCAUGUAUCAAAUUAGAUUGUCCGCUUUUGUGUCUGUCUUCUCCACUUCAGUGUGCACUCUUCAAGGAAUUGUAUAAUUAUUGAUUUUUGUAACAUAGAGCUUAGCAUAGUGCCUGGUAUUUAGGCACAUGAGAUUUAUUAAAUCCAUUAGAAUAAAUAAAUUAAUGGAGAUAAAGGUGUUCUUGAGGCAUGUUUCGGUCUAGGGUUAUUGCUCUGCUUGGCCAGUUGUCAAUAUUUGGGGGCUAUGGUAAGGCUUGGAAGCAAAAAUAGGAAUGCUUCUUUUAGUUUUAUUAUGAAAUCAAUACACAUUGUGGAAGUUGCUUAGCCUUUAAAAUAUCAGUCUAAAAAAUAAUUGGUUAAUUAAAGGGGGACCUUAAUUCUCUUGAGGUUAGCUAUCAAAUUGUAGCUGUAGGCAAAAUUGGACUGUAUUUGCUUGUUGAAGCUGUGGCUACCCGGUGACCUUUAGAAGAAAACAGAAAACAGGAGAAGCAAGGCUAGCUUCUUGGGUGUACAACUAGUGCCGUCACACAGGGCGCUCCACUCAGAAGGGCUCUGUGCUUGGGGUGCAGUGCUCUGUGGUUGCUAUCUUGAAAUUCUUGAUAAUUUUAUUUUUGAAUUUGUGUUUCUGUAAGUGAAGUCUAGUGGGACAAUGGAGCAUGUCCAGGAGCGUGGAGCCCUGCCUCCCUGGGACAGAUGAUGCUCUCCCACCUCCUGGUACCCUGUUCCUGCCUAGCCUGCCCCCAUCCUCACCAUUAAGCAACCACUAUCACCCUCUGUCCCUAGUGGAAGUCUGGGUGCAGGGAGGGCCUGGGUCCACCAUGCACACCCCUUGGUGUCUCAGUGCAAGGCAUGGUGGUGGUUAUUCUCCCUGGGCUGGCAGCUCCAUAAUGCUUUCAACAGGUGACUCAGUGCCCCUCAUCCACUCCUGAUCCAGGUACUGAGUGUGUCCCAAUGCAGAGGUUGCAAUCCCCUGGGGUGGUCUGUCCACAGUGGGUUGGGUAGCAUGCCCCAUUGCAAGGGGAAUGGCUUGACUUUACUGCCCCUGGCGCAGAUACUCUUGGUCCAGCAGCUGGUGGUAGGGGGAACCCCCUAGCUGGUGGGCUGCACAUUUAUGCCAAGCCAUGGGUCAGGGCCUCAGGUGCCUGUGAGGGUCUGUACUAUCCUGGUGAGUAUCUCUGUACUCAAGGCAGCAUGGCAUUAAAUAGCAAAUAAAAAAUACCAUGAUAGUUUGAGUGAGAGAGAUGACGGAAGAAAGGAAAAGUUUUAUAUUUUAGUACCUUUAAUGGCACUUUUAUCCCACUUUUUGAAUCAGGAGCCCUAUAUUCUUAUUUUUGAUCGGGCCCUGCAAAUUAUAUAGCUGGCCCUGAAUAGAACAUAGUCACAAGGCAUAUAGAAAAAGGAGAAUCUUGGUCAUUCUGCAGCUAGCUCUCUCCAGGGGGAGAGAGUGUGGUCAGUUUACUUGGAUUCUUUUAAGAAUAACAUCUCCUUAGCUGUUUUGUCUGAAGUAUACUUUGUAAGGGCCUCUAAAUCCCUUUUUCUAUCAUUUCAGUGUUCACCAAAACAAUCAUGUGAUUAUCGUUUGCCUCCCAUGAUCUUAACUCUGGGAGAGAAUGUCGGGAUCAAGUGAACUUUAUUUUCUCAUACCUAAUGCUUAAUAGUUUUCUAAUACCUUAUGUCUCAUAAAAGAUAGUUGUCUUUUAUUGUAAACUAAACUAAUUGAUGUUUUCAUUUUCUAUAUUGGUCUGUACGCUUGUUUUAUGAAAGUCCACCUUUGAAGAUGCAUCCCGCUUGGCGGGAUGCCACAAGUAGGUUUCUGAGCUUUCAAGCUUGAGGGCUGAAACUUGACCCUGAGGGUCAUUAAUCCCAGAAAGGAGCAACACCCUGUGAGGUCUCUCAGGAGGUGGUCUGCCACUGAUUUCCUCUGUGAGUGUGUCCACAACAUCGCCGUGUGGCCGGGUACCGAUGUGCUUAUUUUUCCAAAGCAUUUGUGUUCUGGGCACAAAUAACAGCUGUGAAGCUUAUUCAGGCCUUGAACAGAACCAGCCUAAGUGCACCUCUUUGGGCAGCACCUAAUAAGCCUGUGGCUUCUAAAUAGGAUGGAAUUAAUAUGUAAUUGAAAAGGUCAGGGAAACCAGGCUAAAAUUGUGAUCGUCUACCUAAUUUUAGACAUAAGAAACAAGUUUGUGGUCUUCAAAAGAUCUUUUAAAAAACAUUUGCUGCCAAACACCUGCUCUACCAUAUGCCACUAGUUCUUAAGUAAUCCUGAAAGCAGGGAUGGGAUAUUACAGAAGAGUUUAAUUAUGAAUGCAAAACCUUCCUGAAACUUGCUACUGAAAGCUUUUCAGUGUCUACUGCCUGCAAGAGAUGGGUCAUGACUGGAGAGACUGCAAAGGGCUAAAAUUAAAUCCUUUAUUUCCUCCCAAAUAAAGUGUUUAUUCUCAAAUUCGUGUCAAAAACAUUUCUUGAGUACAAGUGCUUAAUAAGUACCCUGCACAUAUGUCUUUGUACAUAGGUAUUAUGUACAGUGACCCCGUUGAGCCAAGCAUGGAGGAGAAACACGAGUAAGAGUCAGACGUUUUGCUUAUGUAGCCAACACACAGUAGAGAGGAUGUUUUGGGCAGGACUCUGUGGUUGCGAGGGACCUCGAACUUGCUUAAUCAAGAACAGAAUCUUUUUUACUCUGUAACUGAAAGCUCUGGGGACUGGACUAGGUUUUGCAUGGCACGAUGCAGGCGUCAGAGAGUGUCUCUCCCCUUCAGCUCCAUAUCUGGCAGCCCAUCCAGCUUUCCAUCCUCCCUCGGCAGUGCUUUUCCUGGUCCCUGAAGGAAAGCGGGGCCAGAUUCUGAGAGAGUUCUGUGGUCUCCACUUGUGUAACGUGCACAUCCCAGAAGCCCUCACUGUGGCUGAGGGAUGGAAUGUGCUGACUGCUGAGCUGGACCCUCUGCGGUGCCCCUGGGGCUCAGACGAGGCCUCGUCUUACUCUAAUGGACUGAGAAUGAGGGGGCAGUGUGUCCCCAAACAGAAAUCAGGCUUUUAUCACAUGUAGAACAACCCAAACACCACAUUUUUCCUCUGUUGUAGUUAAGUGAAUACAAAAAUAAGUAUAUUAAGAUACUAAAGUACACAGUACUGUGUGUGCAGGGAGGUGAAAGGAGAAAGGAAUCUUAAGUUGGGGAAGUUGGAAAAGCUUUGUGGGUGGGACCCCCAAAACUGAUGCGUUUGGUUAGAAAUGUGGAAAGGAAGACAUUUCAGGCAGAACCAUCUCUUUUAUUGGGGAGAAAUGGGGAAAGCACGUGGCUGAGAUGGGAACCAGGUUGGGAGGAAUACACAGAUUGGAGAAUAGAUAUUUUGAGAGGAGUAACAGUUUGUGUGGUGGGGAAAACUUUUGUGGGUGUGUUGGCAAAGGUCUCAAAUGCCGGGUAAGCAGUAGGAAGUCCUUGAAAUGUUUCUCAGCGCUGGCAAUAUACAAAUAAAGCUGCGAUUAAGACAGACCAGGAGGUGAUUCAGGUCGCACUGAAGUAGGGGGACCAGUUAAGACCGUCUUAGUCCUUCAGAUGAGAGGAUGGUACCGGGAAUGGAAAGAUGGGGCAAGAUGGAAAAGAAAGGGUGGGUCUGGGAGGAAGAGUCGAACAUAACUCAAAGCUCUUGAGGCAGGUUUAUAUUUAUAGAAAUAAGGAAGCCUGGAGAGGGAGCUAGUGGAGGAAGAGGAGAGAGAUCCAGAGUUUGUCCUUGGAAAUAUUGAGUCCUGCGUCAACACAGCGUAGUGUGCUCGGUUAAGCAUUGGAUGGAGACUCAGGCAAUGGACCAGAGUGAGUAGCUGUGGCUCAGAGACCCAGUGAUUCCCAGAGGCAGUCUGAGAAAUGUGUUGAGGCAAUUUGGAUUUUGAAUAUGCUCCUGAGAUUUAGUGGACAUUGCUGCAGUACUCGAGGCGUCCCGCAUAAGGAAGAGCUGUUCUACCCACAUGUCAGUUGCACUUCCCGUUCAGAAGGUUCAGAACGCCUUCCUGAUGAUGGCAGUCAAGGCGCGUGCAGUCUUGUUGGCAAGCAUAAAUUCCUACUGCUUGUGGUUUUUAUGUCUGUAAUGGAGUGAUGAAUAUUAUGCCAAGGGCUGCAGGUGCUUUUGGGAUUUGACUCCCACUUUCCCUUUGAGAGAGACGGGGAAGAUGUAUGUCUGAGAUGGAGCUGGAAGUGAUGUGGAACCCCCUGGAUUCACUUCCUUCUUCUACUACCAACUUGUACGUGCUGACAGUGGUCAGUUUUCUGCACUGUUGCUUUGUCGUCCAUUACGUAGGACAAGGAGGGGCUGGCUUUGUGCCUGAGUAAUAAUAUCCUAGUGCAAUGAGUUUAUGUUCUACUAUAUUAUGGCCCAUUCCCAAUUAUUUGAGGCUGAAUUAUGUACCCUUGUCUUUGGCCCUGACAUUGGCUGUGUUCCUUGUCACUAAUUGGGGUUCCAGUGGGUGUUCUAAUGGGUGCUUCCUGACCCCAUCUUUCUCUUGAGAUGAAAUCCAAUAAUCAUCGUUUGUUAUAAGAUGGCCCUCUUGUAUAUCCCACUAUUUAGCGGUUGUCUUUGCCAUAGCCAGGCUACUGUCCUUUCUUAUAGUUGCUAACAGUGAGUUUCUAUUUGGUGGUACAAAUCAGUACAGGAUUUCCCAAGAAUUGAGCAAGUGGGAUGAAGGCAGCUUUCUGGUGUCUCACACUGCCCUGUUCUCAGUUGCAGGGCUGGGUUGCUGUUCUGGAAUGAGUUGGGAUCUCCUCUGAUACUUCUGACAUGUAUUUUUCUGAUACUAUUCUUUAUGAAAAUAUUUAUGGGGAUUAGGUAAAAAGCAACUGUUGAGAAUAAAGUUAAAAUGAAUAGCAAUAGUAAUAGUAACAACAAUAAUUACUCCCCCUCGACAUACCUUUUAUCCCCCUUCUGGUUAGUGAGUAUGAACAACAGAGUGUUCAGACUUACUUUACAGAACCAUAUAGUCAAACGACAGUGAUGGCAGAGCUAUAGGCGAGAUAAAGUCUGCUUUUUAGGUUACUGACCAGCAGGAAAAGUAAAGACACUGCUUGCCAGCCACCAGGAGACCUGUCUGUGGACAUGUGUCCGUUUUUACAAGAGCCGUGGGGAGCUGCACAGGAUUGCAGCUGAGCUUUCUGCUCCCCGGUCUGCCUGCUAAUCCUUGCUGCUCCUUAGAGCCUCGGUCAGCUCUCCCCUUUGCCUGGAGCCCUCCUGUCACCAGGGACACUCUGAUUUCUCCUUUUUAAUUUCCUGCUGCUUCUGUUUCUCACAAGCCGGUGCCUGAAUCUCACCGGAGGCUUGUUCGCGAAGGGGACUUGUGUCCUCCCUGAGGUGCUCAGCUCCUGCAGGACAGGGGUGGCCUCAGCCCUCGCUCCCUUUCAGACUAUCAGGCAGGCGGUGAGAGCUUAGUCUCUGCUUGUCAGUUUUAUUCAGAUUUCAUUUUAAAGGAGUAUGAAGAUUCAUUCAGAUUUUUUUUAAUUCUCUUUGAAGAGAAUUAAAGGAAAAUCAAUUAAUAGCACAGACUUUGUAUUAGAUUAUGGCACUAUGGAGAAUGAAACCGUCUGGGACAUUUGAAGGGAUUUUGAGAUUAAAUGCAUUCUGCAUCCCAUUUAGAAUUUUUCCUCCAGAAGCACUUGAAAGCCAAGAAAGAGGAAGAAAUGCUGUCUUUAUCUUAAAAGUCAUACAAGAUUUGCUAUAAAUGGUCUAUUAACUUUUAACUUUAGUAAGGAAAUUUAGAUUGAGUUUGAUUUUUUUUUAAUGGUAGCAAUUUGAUGAAUUGAAUAGACCAGAAUUCUUAUUAGAUGGCUGCUAGAAAAAUACUCAUUACAACCUUCUUCCACUCAUUAAAUAUGGGCAAAUUUCUCUUUUUCAUAUCUUCACUUAGCUUUUACUUUUAAUGAGUUGAGAAUAUGAUAUUAUUUCUAUCUGGACCUUUUUCAUUUCCUUCAGGGGAAAAACUCAAUCUUUUACUGUUCAGAAUUCUACUUUCCUAUACAAGUUGUAAGCCCUCCUUCCUUCUUUUCUGGGUUUGUCAGUAACCAAAUUAGAUAAUGGACCCAUAUGAAACCAGUGAGAGCUUUGGAUAAAAUGUAAAUUAAUUAUUUUCUUUUUAGAUUUUUAGCUAUUUAGCAUCUUGUAGAUUAAAAACCUCUACUUGAUAGUUGCUAACUGAAUUUUUUCAUAAUGGCUCUGUGAGAAGGAUUGAAAAAUAAUACCCAAUUUGGUAAGGAUGCGGCAAAACAGGCCCAUUCAUACAUUGAUGGUGAGAAUAUAAAUUAGGAAAUGUGACCAUAGGAAACACUCUCCAGAUAUGCCCCAUGCUUAUCUUAUAUGUGUCCUUAAAUGAUAUCUUUUUAUAAAUUGCAUUUAUAAGACAUCUCAGAUGUAAGCAGAAAUGAGGAAAUGUUAGCCAUUAGUUGAAUAUUGAUACCUAACAAUUUUUGAGAAAUAACUUUGUGCCAGCUGCUGGUUUAAGCAUUUUGCAUGUAUCAUUUUACUUAUUUGCCCCCCAAAACUAAUGAUAGUUGUGCUAUUGUCACCUGCCUUUUUUUUCAUAGGGAAACUGAGACACAGAGAAGUUAUGCAACUUGCUAAAGUGAUAGAGCCAGAAGUGGAACCCAGGCCACUUGACUCCAGGGUUACUACAGCACAUGGGUUUUUUCUGGGUGGGGGAAUGUGUUGAGAAAGUCUAUGCUAGAGAGACAUGGUGAGGGAUUAAAGGGUCCCAGGUUGGGAAAAUGUGGGAGGGGGUUUGAUGACAAAGGCAGAAUAAGGAUGGUCCUCAGACCAGCUGUGGGUUUGCUGAAAUGCUCUUUUUCUGUAGCAGCACCUGGGCUUGCCUUUUGAAACCUCCCUUCUUCGGGACGCCGGAGGUGGGCCUAUGACCCGGCCUGGGCCAAUCAGAGAAGUCCUUGCACCUCUCGGACCACAGUGAUUGGUUCGAGGAUGGCCAGAUAACUCACACAAAGCCAAUUAGAACUAAUAAGUUUUCAUUCCGGAAAUUUUAUUGUGACUCUUUACAAAGAGAUGCUGUCUUUUCACUGGACUUAAAGCUGGAAAGAUGUCAGCCUGGAGCUGCUGGCAGACAUCUUGCCACUAUUAAGGUAAGACCCUGCUAGAAAAUGAGGAUCAUACAGAGAAAAGCAGAGGUGAGAGAUGGAGAAAAAGAGAUCAAGUUCUGAUAUAUCUCCUGGAUCUAGCUAUGUCUAAAGAUGUGACGUAUGAGAGAUCCACUCCUAGAUUUUUCAGUAUGUGAACCCACUUUUUUCCCCCUUCUGCCUCAUCUCCCCUGUCCUCUCCCCUCCCUUUUUUUCUCCUCCUCUCCCCUCCCAUUAUAGGUGAGUUGGGGCUGUGUUGCCUGGGGAUCUUCUGAGCCUCUCAGAGCCAACCAUUGAGAAAGGACUUUGGUCAUUGAUGCUCUCUGGGAGGCAGAGCUGUGGAACCGUGCACCAAGCCAGUGUUGGCAUCAGAGAAAUCUCUUUGUAGGAAGCCAACCUCAGAGAGGCAGACGGGAUGGCUAGCUCAGCCCGGGAGCACCUGCUUUUUGUGCGGCGUCGAAAUCCCCAGAUGCGGUACACACUGAGCCCAGAGAACCUCCAGAGCCUGGCCGCCCAGAGCUCCAUGCCCGAGAACAUGACCCUACAGCGGGCCAACAGCGACACGGACCUGGUGACUUCUGAGAGCCGCUCCAGCUUGACUGCCAGCAUGUACGAGUACACGCUGGGGCAGGCCCAGAACCUCAUUAUCUUCUGGGACAUCAAAGAGGAGGUGGACCCCAGUGACUGGAUUGGUCUCUACCACAUAGAUGAGAAUUCUCCAGCCAACUUCUGGGAUUCUAAAAACAGGGGUGUGACCGGAACACAGAAAGGACAAAUUGUAUGGAGAAUUGAGCCUGGGCCCUACUUCAUGGAACCGGAGAUAAAAAUCUGUUUUAAAUACUACCACGGCAUUAGCGGAGCCCUGCGGGCCACGACCCCCUGCAUCACGGUGAAGAACCCCGCUGUGCUGAUGGGGGCAGAAGGCAUGGAAGGAGGUGCUUCAGGAAAUCAGCAUUCACGGAAACUCGUUAGCUUUACAUUGUCAGAUCUUAGAGCAGUCGGACUAAAGAAAGGGAUGUUCUUCAAUCCUGACCCUUACCUUAAGAUGUCCAUUCAGCCAGGGAAGAAGAGCAGUUUCCCCACCUGCGCCCACCAUGGGCAGGAGAGAAGGUCCACCAUCAUCAGUAACACCACUAAUCCAAUUUGGCACCGAGAGAAAUAUUCCUUUUUUGCACUUCUUACCGAUGUCUUAGAAAUUGAAAUUAAAGACAAAUUUGCCAAGAGCCGUCCUAUCAUCAAGCGUUUUCUGGGGAAACUCACCAUUCCGGUGCAGAGGCUGCUGGAGCGGCAGGCCAUCGGUGAUCAGAUGUUGAGCUACAACCUUGGCAGAAGGCUCCCGGCUGACCAUGUGAGUGGGUACCUCCAGUUUAAGGUGGAGGUUACAUCUUCUGUGCAUGAAGAUGCUUCUCCAGAAGCUGUUGGCACCAUACUUGGAGUCGGUACUGUGAAUGGAGACCUGGGAAGCCCUUCUGAUGAGGAGGACCUGCCAGGGGGCCAUCAGGACAGCACGGUUUGUUCUAAUGGCCCAGUUUCUGAGGAGAGUGCCGAUGGGACGCCCAAGCAUUCUUUCAGGACUAGCGCUACUCUGGAAAUAGACACAGAGGAGUUAACGUCUACUUCUUCCAGGGCCUCACCUCCCAGAGGACGUCAGGAUUCACUCAACGAUUACUUAGAUGCUAUUGAACAAAAUGGCCAUUCCAGGCCGGGCGCAGCUACCUGCUCAGAGAGGUCCGUGGGAGCCUCUCCGAAACUGAGGAGUAGUUUUCCCACCGACACGAGGCUCAAUGCAAUGCUUCAUAUCGACUCCGAUGAAGAAGACCACGAGUUCCAGCAAGACCUAGGUUAUCCAUCUUCCUUGGAGGAGGAAGGAGGGUUGAUAAUGUUUAGCAGGGCUUCAAGAACUGAUGAUGGGAGUCUGACAUCUCAGACAAAGCCAGAAGACAACCCACUGGAGAUGGAGGAAGCCUCCAUACAUGAAGCCGCUUCCUUCGAAGAUAAGCCAGAAAAUCUUCCAGAGCUUGCAGAGAGCUCCUUACCCUCAGGCCCUGUCCCAGAGGAAACUGAAAAUGGCCCAGAGUCUCAACCAAGUGCUGACCAGGGCAGCACCGAAUUGUGUGGCUCUCAGGAAGUAGAUCAGCCCACAAGUGGAGCAGACACGGGCACUUCCGACACAUCUGGAGGAAGCCGAAGAGCCAUCAGUGAGACUGAGUCCCUGGAUCAGGGGUCUGAGCCUUCCCAGGUGUCCUCUGAAACAGAACCCAGUGACCCUGCCAGGACAGAGAGUGUGAGCGAGGCCAGCACCAGGCCUGAGGGAGAGAGUGACCUGGAAGGCGCGGACAGCUCCUGCAAUGAGAGCGUUACCACACAGCUGUCCUCGGUGGAGACUCGGUGCUCGUCUCUGGAGAGUGCGCGGUUUCCCGAAACCCCAGCCUUUUCUUCUCAGGAGGAGGAAGAUGGAGCCUGUGCAGCAGAGCCCACCAGCAGCGGCCCUGCUGACGGGCCCCAGGAUUCCAUAUGUACUCCCGGUUCUUUACCUGUGCUGCAGGUGCCCAGUGGAGAGGAGGAAGGGCCAGGGGCAGAAUCAGCCAAUUUACCUGACCAGGAGGAGGUGGGGGAGGUCUGGCAGCGGAGGGGGAGCCUGGAGGGAGCUGCUGCUGCUGCUGAGAGCCAGCCCCAAGAAGAGGCUGAUGCUGGUGAGGCCCAAGGGGCUUGCGAAGGGGCCACUGGCCAAGAAGAGGGCGCCACUGGAGGUUCUCAAGCCAACGGCCACCAGCCAUUGCGAUCACUGCCUUCAGUGCGCCAGGAUGUUAGCCGGUACCAGAGGGUGGACGAGGCUCUCCCACCAAACUGGGAGGCGCGCAUUGACAGCCACGGCAGGAUCUUCUACGUGGACCACGUAAACAGAACCACGACGUGGCAGCGGCCCACAGCGCCUCCCGCCCCGCAGGUGCUGCAGCGCUCGAACUCCAUACAGCAGAUGGAGCAGCUGAACCGGCGAUAUCAGAGUAUCCGCAGAACCAUGACGAACGAGAGGCCUGAGGAAAAUGCCAGUGCGAUCGAUGGGGCCGGGGAGGAAGCUGACUUCCACCACGCCAGUGCGGAUUUCCGACGGGAGAGCGUCCUGCCUCACUCUACCUCCAGAUCCAGGCUCACGUUGCUGUUACAGUCUCCCCCCGUGAAGUUCCUCAUCAGCCCAGAGUUCUUCACCGUGCUGCAUUCUAACCCUAGUGCCUACCGCAUGUUUACAAACAACACGUGUUUGAAGCACAUGAUCACCAAAGUCCGGAGGGAUACCCACCACUUUGAACGCUACCAGCAUAACCGGGACCUUGUGGGAUUCCUCAACAUGUUCGCAAACAAACAGCUGGAGCUGCCGAGGGGCUGGGAAAUGAAACAUGAUCAUCAGGGCAAGGCAUUUUUUGUCGACCACAACUCCCGUACCACCACGUUCAUCGAUCCGCGGCUCCCGCUUCAGAGCAGUCGACCCACCAGCGCGCUGGUUCAUCGGCAGCACCUCACGCGGCAGCGCAGCCACAGCGCGGGCGAGGUAGGAGAAGAUUCUCGACAUGCAGGACCACCAGUUCUUCCCAGGCCGUCAAGUACGUUUAAUACAGUCAGUCGGCCGCAGUACCAGGACAUGGUUCCAGUGGCUUACAAUGACAAGAUUGUUGCAUUUCUGCGCCAACCCAACAUCUUUGAAAUUCUGCAGGAGCGUCAACCUGACCUUACCAGGAAUCACUCACUCAGGGAGAAGAUCCAAUUUAUUCGAACUGAAGGGACCCCAGGAUUGGUGCGUCUUUCAAGUGAUGCAGACCUUGUUAUGCUGCUGAGUUUAUUUGAAGAAGAGAUAAUGUCAUAUGUGCCUCCACAUGCCUUACUCCACCCCAGCUACUGUCAGUCCCCACGUGGCUCCCCCGUGUCCUCUCCCCAGAACUCGCCAGGUACUCAGCGUGCCAAUGCCCGGGCGCCAGCCCCUUACAAGCGAGACUUUGAAGCCAAACUAAGGAACUUUUACAGGAAGUUAGAGACUAAAGGAUAUGGACAAGGCCCAGGGAAAUUAAAGUUAAUUAUCAGAAGAGAUCACUUACUCGAAGAUGCUUUUAAUCAGAUCAUGGGCUACUCCAGAAAAGACUUGCAGAGAAAUAAGCUGUACGUCACCUUUGUCGGGGAGGAAGGGUUGGAUUACAGUGGACCUUCCAGAGAGUUUUUCUUCCUGGUGUCCAGAGAGCUCUUUAACCCAUAUUAUGGCUUAUUUGAAUAUUCAGCCAAUGACACGUACACAGUACAAAUAAGUCCCAUGUCUGCUUUUGUAGACAAUCACCAUGAAUGGUUCCGGUUCAGUGGCAGGAUUCUUGGUCUUGCACUAAUACACCAGUAUUUGUUGGAUGCCUUCUUCACUCGGCCCUUUUAUAAGGCUCUUCUCAGAAUCCUGUGUGACCUGAGUGAUCUAGAAUACCUUGAUGAGGAGUUCCACCAGAGCCUGCAGUGGAUGAAAGACAAUGAUAUCCACGACAUCCUGGACCUCACAUUCACUGUGAAUGAAGAAGUUUUCGGGCAGAUUACUGAGCGAGAAUUAAAACCAGGAGGUGCCAAUAUCCCGGUCACAGAGAAGAACAAGAAGGAGUACAUCGAGAGGAUGGUGAAGUGGAGGAUUGAGAGGGGCGUGGUGCAACAAACGGAGAGCUUAGUGCGCGGCUUCUACGAGGUGGUGGACGCCAGGCUGGUAUCUGUUUUUGAUGCGAGAGAACUAGAACUGGUCAUCGCGGGCACAGCAGAAAUAGACCUAAGUGACUGGAGAAACAACACAGAAUACAGAGGAGGAUAUCAUGACAAUCAUAUUGUAAUUCGGUGGUUCUGGGCUGCAGUGGAAAGAUUCAACAACGAACAGCGACUACGAUUGUUACAGUUUGUCACAGGCACCUCCAGCAUUCCCUAUGAAGGAUUUGCUUCUCUCCGAGGGAGUAACGGCCCAAGAAGAUUCUGUGUGGAGAAAUGGGGGAAAAUCACCGCCCUUCCCAGAGCUCACACUUGUUUCAACCGUCUGGAUCUCCCCCCGUACCCAUCCUUCUCCAUGCUUUAUGAAAAACUCUUGACAGCAGUCGAAGAGACCAGUACCUUUGGACUUGAGUGACCUGGACACACAAUGCCCAGCUCCGGAUGGACAGGCGAUGUCAGGAGCUGCCCUCUAGAAGAAUGGCUGACCAUGGGAAGUUUCAAGAGUACACUUCCGUUAGAGUAAAGCUGAGUGCUGUUACCUUCUAGGAACACGUGCUCUGUCUCAUUUGGGGGCUGGAUAGUGGUGAUGGGUCCUCCUGGAAGGAUUUGGGUGAGCUUGAUGCCCAGGGAACAACCCAACAGUCUUUCAAUCAACAGUUCUUGACUGCCAAACUUUUUCCAUUUGUUUCGUUCCAAGACAAAGAUGGACCUCUACACGAUCAGCUCCAUGGUCACUUUGAGGGACUCAGGAGAAUCUUGAAACUUAAUCUUUGAACGUGGUUCAAGCCAAACUGGCAGCACUUGGCCCAAUCUCCAAAUUAGUGCAAGUUAAAUAAUAUAAUAAAAACAAAUAUAUUUCCUGAAAGUAUAUUCAUUUAAGCCCUAAAUUAUAACAAUAUUCAUUUUCUUGCUUAUGAGUGCCUGCAUGGUGUGCACCAUAGGUUUCAGCUUUCAAGGAACAUGAGUGAAAAUGAAACCAAGUCAAUAUGAGGUAACUUUAAAGAUUUGCAAUAAGGUGGUCUGUGACAAUGUAUAUGCAAAGUGAUAUGUAUGUAAUUUUGGCUGAAGACAAACUGUUAUACAAUGAAUUACUAAUGACAGAGUUUAUGCUUUAUAAUGCAUGAAAACAAUUUUAAAAUAACUAGCAAUUAAUCACAGCAUAUCAGGAAAAAGUACACAGUGAGUUUUGUUUAUUUUUUAUAGGUUCCUUAUGUUCUUUAAGAUGUAUAUAAGAACCUACCUAUCAUCCUGUAUGUAUCACCUGUUCCAUUUUCACGUUCCAUGCUUACUCGGGCAUCAUGCUAGUACGUAUCCUUUUAAGCACUCUCCAGGGAACAAAAGGGCCUUUUAUUUUUAUAAAGGUACAAAAAAUUUCCCCGAAAUAUUUUGCACUGAAUGUACCAAAGUUGAAGGGACAAUACAAUAUGGCUAAAAGCAAUUCCAUCACUUGACAAGUAUAAUAGAAAACAGCUUCUAAAUCAAUCUUCCUUCACAGUGCCAUGUCUACACUACAAGGACUGUGCAUCUAAGUAAUAAUUUUUUAAGACUCACUAUAUGUGAUAGUAUGAUGUGCAUUUAUUUAAAAUGCAUUAGACUCUCUUCCAUCCAUCAAAUACUUUACAGGAUGGCAUUUAAUACAGAUAUUUCGUAUUUCCCCCACUGCUUUUUAUUUGUACAGCAUCAUGAAACACUAAGCUCAGUUAUGGAGCCAUCUGCAACACCCAAGAUCAGCUCUCUUUAGUAAUAAAAAUUCCAUUUUCCCUUAUCAGUGAAGACAUCACAAAUUGAAACUCUCAGUCCUAUAUUUCUAAGCUUGCAUUUUCACUGAUGCAUAAUUUUCUUAUCAAUGUUGAGAAACAAUUUUUCUAUGGUAUCUCAGAAACUGCAUGACAUCGCUAAUGUUGUUUCCGCUCAGUUUUAUCAGAGGGUGUCCUUCAUUUUUAUUGUUUUGGGGGUUCCUCCACAUCACUGUUUAUUUCUUGACUUAUGGCCAUAACUAAUCAGAUGUUCAACAGAGUAAAGUUAAAUUGUGGGUAAUAAAAGCCUUGGAUUAACAUUUGGUUUGCCAGCCUCUGGUUUUACAGGCAUUGCCCAACCACUUCUUUGAGAAUUAUAUUUAUGAGUAGCCAUGGAAUUCCUAUUAUGGGAUGUUGGCAAGCUUACACUUUAUAGAGGUCAUAUGCAUGGUUUUCAUAGGUGGUUGUAAGAACUGAUUGCUCUCCUGUUGGUUAAGCUAUGUUUACUAUCGGGACCCUCAAGAGGAAUACCACUCGUGUUGCAUUCCUGCACGAAAGGCAGAUACUGAAGUGUGGGGAAAUGUUCCGAAAAAAAUGGUUACAGAAAUCUGGAAAUAAGAAAGGAAGAUUUAUCUGUGCACUGUAAUGGAACCAUAAGAAAAGUGAAGAGAAAAAACAACUUUAAUUGGAAAUGUUAGUUUGUACUUACUGAUCAUGAAUGAAAUAAUGCAGAUUGUUGACAUCCUGGAAAUGAUUUGUGGGUGGUAUUAAAUGGACCCUGGGACUUUGAAAUGUAUACUAGUUGUUUGUUUUCUGGAAAGUCUGUAUUCUUAUCCUCACCUGAACCCCUGACUUUUGUGUUGUAUUUUUUUAUGAUUCCAAAAUGCUUUGAGGGAAAGAUAUUUUAAUGUGUACAAUUUGUUUUAUUUUCAUACUGAUCUCUAUUUUUGUUUAAAACCAUGUUGCAUCAUGAAAUCACUUAAUCCAAAAUAAAUCUUCUUUAAAAAAAUA